AUGUCAGACCAGGAACAUGCUAUCCUGAAUCUCUCGCCCGAAGAGAAGCGCGCGUUCGGCUUCUUGUUCGCGCAGGCCGACAGGGACCAACUCGGCGUCGUGACGGGAGAGAACGCCGUGUCCUUCUUCGAGCGAACGAAACUGUCCCCCAACGUCCUCGGCGAGAUAUGGCAGGUCGCAGACACGGAGAACAGAGGCUUACUCACCAAGCCGGGCUUCUGCAUGGUGCUGAGAUUGAUUGGACACUACCAGGCAGGAAGAGAGCCGAGCACAGAGCUGGCAUUCAAGCCAGGGCCGAUACCGAAGUUUGAGGGGCUGCAGAUACCAGGUGUAGGCGCAGCAGGAGUGGCAGGAGGAAGUGGUGUGCCCCGUCCUGCGGGAGGCGCACCCCCACCCAAUCCUCUACAAGCACAAAGUUCUGCUCAAGGACCGAUCCGGGUGCCUCCGCUGGAUCCGCAGAAGGUGCAGCAGUAUUCGGGCUUGUUUGAACGAUCGGGGGCGCAGAAUGGACUUUUGGAUGGUGCCACGGCAAAGGCCAUCUUUGAAAGAGCGGGACUGCCCAAUGAAGUGCUUGGACGGAUAUGGAACCUUUCAGAUCGCGAGCAGAAGGGAGCUCUGGACCAGACCGAGUUCCUCAUCGCCAUGCAUCUGUUGACCAGUAUGAAGAAUCGCGCCAUGACUGCAUUGCCUACGAUACUGCCGCCCGGGCUAUACGAGGCAGCGGCAAGACGUGGCGCGCCACCAAGCAGGCAAGGCACUGCCCCCUUGACGACGACCGCCAUACCAAGACAGCUCACGGGCAACUCUGCCACACCCGUACCUAGGGCACAAAGUCCAUUGGCACGGCCUCCCGGCGCAUUCGGUGCUACACCCCCACUUUCUGCACAGACGAGCGGCACACCAUGGCUCAUCACGCCAGCGGACAAGGCGAAGUUUGAUCAGUUCUUCAACACCAUUGACACCCAAAGGCGUGGAGUCAUCACUGGUGAACAAGCUGUACAGUUCUUCUCCGAUUCACGCCUGCCAGAGGAGAGUCUGGCCCAGAUUUGGGAUCUUUCAGACAUCAACAGUGAAGGUCAACUCAACAAGGAUGAAUUCGCAGUGGCCAUGUACCUCAUACGACAACAGCGUGCCCCUAACGCGCCUCCUUUGCCAGCUUUCUUGCCACCUGCGUUGAUCCCACCAAGUCUACGAAAGCAGACCCAGCAGACACAAUCGACGGCGCCGGCGUUCGACAACACUGCGAACGCUCCUACUAUGCCAAAGUCCGCCGCAGAUGAUCUGUUCGGCCUUGAUGAGGUGUCGAGCUCACAGCCACAAUCACAGGCACCAGUAUUGCAACCACAGGGUACUGGUGCUUCUGCUACCAGGGAUCCCUUCAGCGGAGGUUCACCAGCCACGCCGAGCAGUCCGGCCCAGUUUCAGCAACCUCAGUCAAAUGGCUUCCAGCAGCAGCAGCAGCAGCAGCAGCAGCAGCAGCAGCAACAAGGGCCUGGAGGCAUGUUUAAGCCGUUUCUGCCUACAUCCGCCUUCGGCGCCAGCCUAGCCUCGCAAACCACUGGCGGGUCAGUUGGAUCCAAUCAGGCUCGUGGACUGCCGCAGCAACCAGUCCCGCAGGCUUCGGACGAUCUGCUAGGAGACAACGACACGCACGCUGCGGAAAGCAGUAAGCUGACCAACGAGACCACGGAGCUUGCCAACAUGAGCAACCAGAUAGGCAAUCUCAGAGGACAAAUGGAACAGACACAAGCGAAGAAGGCGACAACGCAAGCUGAUCUUACUGCCACCAACAACCAGAAGCGAGACCUGGAGCUCCGUCUACAACAGUUCAGAUCGCAAUUUGAGCAGGAGGUGCGCACAGUCAAGGAGCUGGAGCAGCAGCUAGCAGCUUCGAAAGACUCGACGAAGAAGCUCGGCCAGGAGCUCGCUAUGCUGGAAGGAAACUAUCAAGAUAUCCUGACCCAGCAUCAAACACUUUCUCAAGCGCUGCAGACCGAUCAGCAGGAAAAUGCCACCAUCAAACAACGCAUCUCUGAGAUCAACGCUGAGGUUGCGAGGCUCAAGCCCGAGGUCGAGAAACUGAAGUUGGAUGCCAGGCAACAGAAAGGCCUUGCGAGUAUCAACAGGAAGCAGCUUGCCACCAACGAAAGCGAACGGGACAGGCUACAGACCGAGAAAUCAAAUCUCGAACGCGAGGCAGCAGAGCGAGAUGAGGCAGCACGAUCAGCCGCGGCCGUAGAGCCUGUCGCCAGUCCUCCUGCAGUGGCUUCAAACUUGGCAAGCCCAGCCCUGAGCUCGACCAACCCGUUCUUCAGGAAGCCUAGCAACGAUGGACAAGAACGAGCCAUUAGCCCACAGCACACCGGUACAUCCUCAGGACCCACACCGAGCGCGUUUGAUGCUCUGUUCGGGCCUUCGGCCGCCUUUGGUGGUGCUGGUCCAGGAGGCAGCAGAAGUGGCACACCACCUCCCACCAGUUUCGCAAAUCGUGCUGCACCCGCUGCCGUCGCUGGCCUUGCAGGGGCUGCUAUUGGAGCUGGCGCUGUUGGUAUGUCUGACUCUAUUCAGAGUGUAUCAUCAAUGGGGGAGCACACUCCAGCCGCUACUCCUCCUUUGUCGGAGCAGGCCAAGGAAAGGCCGCAAGUUGCAGAGCCCCCACCGCCGCCACCGAGCAAACAAUUCACUGCAUCGCAUUUGCCCGUGCUCGCAGUCGAUGGCAAGGCGCCAGACAGCGACGCUAGCUCAGUAAGGGUGAUUCCACCUGCCAGCAGAGCGGGAGAGGUUCAGACGCCUCGAGAUGCAUCGUCAGUCACAGACGAGACUUUCACAAAUGAUGCGCCUCGAAGUGGUGCUGAGGAUCCGACACCAGAGACUGUGGUACAAGAGCAUAUGCCUGGAGCGUUUCCUGAUGAAGAAGCUGCGCCAGCGCCAGCCCACACAGGUCCGACUGCAGCGAACGACGACUUCGACUCCAUGUUUGCUGGCUUUGGCGAGACUCAUAAAGCUAAGGAGAGCGCAAAAGACCAUGAUGAUCCGUUUGCUGUGCCUUCAAGCCAGCCAGCGCCGAAGGCCUCGGGCUCUGAGUUCCCACCGAUCGAGAGCUUGGAGCCUGAGGAGGAGUCCGACAGUGAAGACGAAAGAGGAUUCGAUGACAACUUCGGCUCACCGCCACGUGGGCCUGCUGCGGAGACAUCUGCUCAGAAGGCUGCAGCGGCAACAGGCGCAGGUGCAACGGCUGCCAGCGGACUUCCUCCUGCAAAUGCUCAUCGGUCCCCGCCAGCUUACGAUGAAAGUGAUGACGUCGCGCAUGGUGGCAGUGGUGAGCGUACAGAGGAGAACCACUUUGACCCAAAGUUCGGAGGUCUUUUGUUGCCUGCAAGAGAAGAUCCCACAAGUCAACCACCGCCGAAUGAGGGCCUUUCAGCUGUUGCAACGACCACUGAGGUAGCUCCGGCAGCAGGCACUCUACAAAAUGCCUUCCACACUCCCACUGCAUCUACCAGUGCAGUGGGAUCCGCUGCGCCAAGCAAGUCAAAGAAUGCGUUCGAUGACUUUGAUGCUUUUGAUGACUUGUCCGAAGCAAAAGAGGCUGAUAGGGUCGGCACUGAUUUUGACUUCGGCUCAAAUGGCGAGCAAAGCACCGAGUUCAACCCAGCAUUCGAUUCACCUGCCGUAAGCAUGACCAAUACUAUGGCGUCCUCACAGCAAACUCCGGUCGCAGCGAGCAGGACGUUGCAUCAUCCAGAAAGCAGCGGUCUUUCAAGCUUCGGCCAGUCGGCGUCAUCGACUAGCGCUUUCAGCGGUGCAACUGGCGAGAGUAGCAUCCAGCAUACACCACAAGAUGCGAAGCAAGACUGGGAUGCCAUCUUCUCUGGACUGGACAACUCGAAGGAGGUAGAUACUUCGCUGCCGACUGAUCCAUGGGGUGCGCCACCUACAAACGGCAGCUCUUCCACGCCACAAUUUGCACAUGGCUUCCCCAGCCCUCCCUCGAUACCGGUGUCGAAACCGAGCAUGCCUGAUCGAGGGGGCGCCAUUACACCGGGAACAGAGCACGAUGACCCUAUCUUGAAGAGAUUGACUGGCAUGGGAUACCCCAGGAUGGAAGCACUACAAGCGCUUGAGAAGUAUGAUUAUGACAUUAAUAAGGCAGUCGAUCAUUUGACUGGUCACUAA